CAAAUUGUUUUCAAGAAAUUCAGAAUUCCAUAAAGCAUUUUUUCAAUUUUACAUUUAAUACAUAAAAUAGUAAUAACGUAACUGAACAUAUUUUUUAUUACAAAAAAAAACGUCAAAUUUUAUAGAGUAAAUCAUUUUUUUUGUUAAUAGAAAACAAACAAAGAAACAAAACGUAGUUUUAUUAAUUACAAUAUAACGGAUAAGUUAAUAACAUUCAGUUGACUACUGUGUGUUUAGGGUAUAUAAUCUCUAUACACAUACAAAUUUUAUUUACAAGGAGUAAAUAGGUGAAAGAGGAGGCUAAGUUAUAAAAUAAAAAAAUGAAGAAAAAUAAUCACGUUUACAUGGCUUUUGUUCUAAUCACCACGUUGGUACUGUUUGCUUAUCCAAGUUUGGCAGAUGAUGAGAAACCGUUGAUAGAUCCCAAUAUUGAUUUAGAUUCCACGUUUGCAAGAUCUCCGAGUACGAGUGAAUACAAUAUAGACAUGCUUAAUAAACAGUCAACAGAACUUGUUCAGUUUGCCGGGACUUGCGCUGGCUUGAUGGGGGGAGAAAAAUGUAGCGAUCAAGUCAUGUCUGAGAUUCUUCAAAACAUACCAACUUCGAGGUAUUGUUGUCUGAAAAUGAUCAUAUAUGGCCAAGAAUGUCACAUGGUGCUGAGGAAUCUUUUGUUUCAGACUUAUUAUUACAAACCAUUUGCCUCUAAAGGUCGUCCCAGGAUUCUUAAAGUUUGGAACAGAUGUUCUGCUGAAGUUGGUGGUUUUUAACCAUUUUCCUUCAAAUCUUAACUUUUAUUAUUAAUUAAUAAUAAAAAAUACAUUGUUUAACUU